ACCUUAACUGAGUUAUCGAUCCUGAUAACAUUAAAUUAAUUGUUUUUUUUUUAUUUUGAUAACGUAACUAACAAAUUUUAUUUAAAUUUUAUAUAAUAUGCUGCUUAAGCUGCCAAAAUCGUUUAAAUUGUACACUCGUCUAGUGCCCAUACGCUUUGCCAGCAAAGUAAGUGCCAAUGAUUUUAUAAAGGUAAAAAAUGAUCGUGGAGUGCGGGAAAUAACAUUGUGUCAUCCGAGCACCCGGAAUUCACUGUCGAUGGACAUGAUGUGCGUGUUGCACGAGGCUCUCGUCGAGGAUAGCAGGAAUGUGGAACUGCGCUGCGUUAUCCUCACAGCUGAGGGGAAAAUCUGGUCAGCCGGCCACAAUCUGAAGGAACUGCAACCCGACGAUUUGGAGUUUCGCGAUACUGUUUUCCAAAAGCUAACCGACAUUGUGCUGGACAUAAGAAAGUUGCCGGUGCCGGUGAUUGCCAAAGUUAAUGGAUAUGCUGCAGCUGCCGGCUGCCAACUGGCUGCAUCCUGUGACAUUAUUGUCGCAUCCGACAAGAGCAUGUUCUCCACACCCGGUGCUGGAGUUGGAGUAUUCUGCAAUACGCCUGGAGUCGCCGUUGGUCGCGUUAUGUCGCGUCCCAAGUCUGCGUAUAUGCUAAUGACAGGUCUGCCCUUGAGCAGCCAGGAGGCCUACGUUGCCGGUCUGGUCAGCAAAGUAGUGCCCGAAUCGGAGCUGGAUAAAACGAUUGAGGAAAUCGUUUGCGCCAUAAGAUCAAAGAGCCGUGCAGUCCUUGGACUGGGCAAGGAAUUUUACUAUGAACAACUGAAUCUGCCGCUCGAGGAUGCCUAUGCAAAGGCAAAGGCAAAAAUGAAUGAAAAUCUUCAAUUGGCCGACUGCAAGGAGGGCAUGCAGAGCUUCAUUGAGAAGCGGGCACCCAACUGGAAGCACACCUAACCAUUUGUUAUAGACUCAAACUUUGCAUUUAUAAAGAAAUAUAUUUUAAACACUUGAUUCAUUUGCAUUCGUAUAUGUUCACAAGUCAUUUUAUUAGUAACUGAUUAUAUAUUUGUAUCUCUGAUUUCCAAUAUAAUUUAGUCAAUUUCCAA